ACAACACAGUCAACACUUCACAACACCACUCUCAUUCUUCAUUCUUCAUUCUUCAUUCAUUCCCAUCUCGCGAAGACGAAAAUGGAGGGAUCUCAAGUCGCACACAGUCACCCCUACGUUCCACGCGAUUUGCAUCUACCUGACUAUGUUCCUUGCUUCCUCUCUCAGUCCAGCAUUCUCUCUGUCUUUGCCAUCUCCACUCUUCUCGUCGUUUCCUUCAUCUGGAUCUUCUCAGGACGCCUUCCUAAGAAAUCAAAAGUUGAUAGAGUGUUAAUGUGCUGGUGGGCCUUUACUGGCCUCACACACAUAAUUCUUGAGGGUUACUUUGUUUUCGCACCAGAGUUUUUCAAGGAUAAGACUGGCUUCUACCUGGCUGAAGUUUGGAAGGAAUAUAGCAAAGGGGAUUCAAGGUAUGUAGGAAGGGAUGCAGGAGUAGUUACUGUUGAAGGACUAACAGCAGUUAUAGAGGGUCCAGCUAGCCUUCUAGCAGUAUACGCUAUAGCUACUGGAAAGUCAUAUAGCUACAUGCUUCAGUUUGCCAUUUCUCUGGGGCAGCUAUAUGGAACUGCUGUGUAUUACAUAACCGCAAUCUUGGAAGGUGAUAAUUUUUCCACAAACUCAUUUUACUAUUAUGCAUACUAUAUUGGAGCAAAUUUCUCCUGGAUUGUGAUACCCUCGAUCAUCGCCAUCCGCUGCUGGAGGAAGACUUCUGCUGCAUUUCGAGUUCAAGGCCAGACAAAAAAGCCUAAAGUUCGAUGAUGCAAAGUGCAAACUUGUCAGGUUAUCGUUGAUGACUUCAGUUAUUAAGUUAAUUGGGAUGGUUAAGGUAGGAGAGGAUAUUUUAAAUGAAUUGUUUCAAUUGAUUCUCUUAAGCUGCAUAUCUCCAAAAUUGAAUAUUCCAUUAUUAUUUGAGAAGAUGGUGUUUAAUGUUUUUAACUUAGUUUUCUUUUGAUACUGACUGUUUUGAAAUUCCAAUUGUUAUUCGGAAUUAAAUGUGAACACACGUCCUUCUGCUCA